CCCCCUCUGCCGGCCAGCAAGGAAGCGCGGCGGGCGGCUGGGCGCGGUGUGUGUCAGGCGGUUCCACCAUGUCGAAGGUGUCCUUUAAAAUCACGUUGACGUCCGACCCGCGGCUACCGUACAAAGUUCUCAGUGUUCCUGAAAGUACACCUUUCACAGCAGUGCUAAAGUUUGCAGCGGAAGAAUUUAAAGUUCCUGCAGCUACAAGUGCGAUUAUUACUAAUGAUGGAAUAGGAAUAAAUCCUGCACAGACUGCUGGGAAUGUUUUUCUGAAGCAUGGCUCAGAGCUGCGAAUCAUUCCUAGAGACCGAGUUGGAAGCUGCUAAUAUAUGCUCCUUGGAAUACACAGCCUUUCAGAAUAAACACUGGUAUUUGUUGUUGCUGUACAAUUGAAAUCAGGCGUUCACAAUACAAUGAAAGCACCGAGAAUCCACGGAACAGGGAAAGUUGACGCUUGUCCCUUCUUGUUCAUUUUUCUCAUGGAAAGAGAGAAUGCCUUUGAGUGGAGGUACCACACCACAGGUCACACCAUGGUGACUGCUGCCUCACCAGGAGGAAGUUACCUCUGUGACAAAUGGACUGUGCUUUAAAACAAAAACAGCAAAACUGGAGGAAGAAUGCUGAUUCUUUUCAGGAGCAUUUGCAAAAUUAAAAUUCACAGAAUCAGAUGUAUUUUCUAGUUUUAAAAUUUAAAAGGAUAGUUGAUCAUAGAGGCAUUUAUUUGGCUUGACAGCAUCUCCUAGUUAGAUUUUUAAAUUAUAUAAUUCGUGAUGAACUUAUUAGGCAUUUGAAUGAACAGUUAAAUUUAUAUAAAACCAAACAUUAAAUUAUAGGAUCUAACCAUUGUAAGUUGCUAUUGUGCAUCAAAUAGCUUCGAUAACAGAGAUCUGGUGAAAUCAAGUGUGUCAUGAUGGGAACUCAUAGUACCACAAAAGCACCCUUAGCUAUAUUAUUAAUUCCUUGAUAAAUAAUAAAGCUUUAAGUCAGAAAUCCUUAAACCAUUCUUUUUGAGAAUUCUAUUUUUGAGCAGCAUCCAAAAGUAUUGUUGCAGAGAUGAUCUGAAGCAUUGAUGGAGUGUCCUUAAUGAGGAAGGAACUUUAAAGAAGCUGUUAGCAUUAGUCACAAGUGGAUAAAGAACCAGGGAAGCAAAGAUAGCCAGGCUCUUCCCAGAAGAGCGGAGGAAGUGAGGAGAAUCAGGCAGUGUCCAAAGGCAGGAGAAUUCCAAGGACAAAGCUGCAGCAGGGCUGGAAAAGUGUGAAAGGGAGAAAAGUACUGGGCACAGGGUCAGAAGGCAGCUGCACACGCAUCAAAACUCACUAUAGCAGUCUCUAAGGAUUUACGUAAGAUUUCAGGGCUGGGACCCUGUGCUCAGUACUCUUCUUCAGAAUGGAGGACAUCACCAACUACCCAGUCAUCCCCUGUCCUUAUGCAGACACCCAGAUGAGAGCCAGUCCUUCCCACAGUAACUAUUUGCCUUUACAUAGGAAGUCCAUGUCUGGCACAUGUUUCAGGAUGAAUAAAAUGCUGACAGUGACUGAGAGCUAGGCAGCUCUGCUUUAGUGGGUGAGCUCUUUGGAGGUGAGGGUCUAUUACAUGUCCAUAGAGCUAGAAAUAGAAGUUCUCAAUAAAUAUUUACUGAAUUCAUGAAUAAUGUCUUCAGUACCAAUUUUUAUCUUGUGUUUCAUAGUCCCUUCUAUAGGGCCUUAGUUGAUUGGGAGAUGGGGAGCUUGUAAGAUAAUUGUGGGUUGGCAUCUGAAGAGAUAUGUUAGUAGAUGAAGGAAUUGUCCACAAGUUUGUGGAGCAUGUUCUGGGGUUCUGAAUUAUGUAGCAAUACCCAGCUCAUGUGUGCUGGGGUAUUAUGUUUAUCUCUAGUGCCCAGAGACCUUAUUCCUUAUAAUAUUAGGCUUCUGGUAACCAGACAUUUAAAAUAUUUGCCACCUAAUUUUGCUUACUAUUAAACUUCUUCCAUUCUGCCUUUACAGAAAAUUCUGCUUGUCAGUAAUGUUUAUACAAUCCUACAGUAUGAAAUGAUUUACCUAACACAACAGUUUUUUGAUUUGAAAAUGCAUAGUCUUGAAACUAUUUUACUCAGAAACUAAAUAAUUUGUUAUUAAAUAAAUGUGAUCUGUAAGUUCUUUGUGUAGAACAUUUUAGGCAUGGUAUUUAAAUGUCCAUAAUUAAUACUGUAGGACAAUACAUUUUGUUACACUGUAAA